CACGGCAGCUGUGACCCUGUGCGUGUUGGGGUCACUUGGCGACGUGAGGGCGGAGCAGCACAGCAGCAUCAGCACAGCCGGAAGCCGAAGAGAUCCAUCUGUAUCCAAGACUCUCUUUACUUCUAACUAAAAUAAGAUAAAUAAGCACCGAGCACAAUACAUUAUACACUAUAAAGCGUGUUAACUCAGCUGGUAUUUACCGUAUAACCGAGACACUGUAUCAAAUCUGAGAUUUAAAAAAAAUAAUAAUAAUAAUUCAACGAAAACGGAGGCGCAGGCGGCCGGACGGGGGCGAAGGGGGCAGCGGGAGAGAUUUUGUUUCCCCGGCUGUUUGGCAAAGGAAAUAAAUAAAUAAAUAAGCCCAGAAACUGGACGGACUCGGAGGAGCUCGGAGACCCGUGAUCUAACAUCUCUCCCCUCGGAUAAGAGAAGGAAGCCACGCGUCUGGGUUGUUGUUUUUCUGUUUGUUUUCACAGAACUCGGGUUCUAACCCCCUCUUCGGUUUAUAUUUCUUAACAGCAGCACCUCGAUAGUUCGCUUGUCUGCUUCUUUUGGAAAGUCGGACCCCGGAGCUGCAUUGCCAUUUCUUUUUUCAUGUUGUUAUAGUUUCAGUUUUUUUAAUUUUUAUUAUUAUUAUUAUUAUUUCUGGCAAUGAUAGCAGCAUUGCGGAAUGAGUCAAGUUGAAACAAAGUGAGAUCCUUUUUUUUUAGUGCUUCUGCUCUUUCUAUGGCAAGAGUCGCGUUGUUAUUUUAAAUUAUAACAGUUCUUUUGUUUCUUGUUUUAGAUUGGUUAUUGUGGGUUGUAAAUGGAUUCUUCACACUCUCUCCCCUCCCCCCUUUGAUAACCCUUCCCCAGUUUCCCCCCCACCGCUGCGGCCUGAUUUCUCGGUUCGGUUUGGUCCAGGACCCGCAGGAUCACGCCGACCCCAGCACGCCUUGUACUUCGAAUCGACAUCCCAUAAUUAACUCAAGGAAGACACAUUCGUUCCCCUCACGUUUGUUUAGUCGGAUCUGUUCUAUUUUGGGGGACUUCAGAUCGAGUACGUCCAGACUGGCUCUUGGUCAGAUUUAACCCGGGAUUUGCUUGGCCUGUUUGGGAUUGAUCAAGGUCCAUUCCUCAUUAAGACUGCUUUUUUCCCCAGGGCUGCCACAACAUAAAUUGGGUUUCCGACUAAUACUAGUCAUCAGUGGAUGUAUUUCAGAAGUUGCGGUCCCGUUUAACUUCAUCGACUCAGCUGGGAACCGGAGCCUCCUGCACACAAUCACAGUCCGAGGCCAUCUCAGCAUCCGAGAUUCCGACUGAUUUCUAUUAGUCCCAGUGUCGCCCCGGUCCGGCUGUACUGCAGUAUGGCUCAGCAGCAGAUGCCCAGCUCGCAGAAAGCGCUGAUGUUGGAGCUCAAGUCUCUGCAGGAGGAGCCGGUGGAGGGGUUCCGCAUAACCCUAGUGGAGGAGUCCGAUCUUUACAACUGGGAGGUGGCGAUCUUUGGGCCCCCCAACACACUGUACGAGGGGGGCUACUUUAAGGCUCAUAUUAAGUUCCCGAUGGACUAUCCCUACUCCCCUCCCACCUUCAGGUUCCUCACCAAGAUGUGGCAUCCUAAUAUCUACGAGAACGGAGAUGUGUGCAUCUCGAUCCUUCACCCCCCUGUGGACGACCCUCAAAGCGGAGAGCUGCCCUCCGAGAGGUGGAACCCCACCCAGAACGUCAGGACCAUCCUGCUGAGCGUCAUCUCCCUGCUUAAUGAGCCCAACACCUUCUCUCCUGCCAACGUGGACGCCUCUGUCAUGUUCCGCAAGUGGAGAGACAGCAAAGGGAAGGACAAGGAGUACGCUGAGAUCAUUAGGAAGCAGGUCCUAGCCACCAAGGCAGAGGCUGAGAAGGAUGGUGUGAAGGUGCCCACCACGCUGGCAGAGUACUGCAUCCAGACCAAAGUGCCUUCCCACGACAGCAGCUCGGACCUGCUGUACGACGACCUGUACGAUGAUGACAUAGAGGAGGAGGAGGAGGAUGAGGACGGGGAGUGCGGGGGGGGUGCCGAGGAGGGUGACUGCUACGAGGACGACGACGACUCUGGGAACGAGGAGUCCUGACCGCCCCCCCCCAACCCGAAACAGCCCACUCAUCCAUCCGCUCAUCUGUCUGUCUCUCCGCCCGUCCAACGCACACACAUACAGACAUAGACACACACACACACACACACACACACACACACACACACACACACACACACACACACACACACACACACACACACACACACAAGCUGAAAAAGAGCAGGCAAUGCAACAAGCAAAACCGCCAGUGCAAACAAUUCAGAUGAACCCCCGCAGCUUGUAAUCCAAUCCCAGUUUAUUUCUAAUUUAACAGACCUCCUCUCCACGGUGCUCUGGAGUAGGAGAAUAGGGGAUGCGAGGCAGUGGGGUGAAGAGGAGCACUGUUGGGGUUAAAAAAUAUUCAGAAUUUGAAUUCAGUAGCGGUUAUUAAUAACAAGUAACUUGCCCACUCUGUGCUGUUUCCUGUUGUGUGGCUUUUACCAGUUGCUCCUUUUUUAUGGACUUUUGAUUUAAAUUUUAAAAAAGAAACACACACCUCAUUACUCUUCACCCAUUAUUGUACAGAGUGUGUAACUCCCGGCUCCCGAACAAAAUGAAAUUCUCUUGCAAACAGCCUGGUUUUUCUUUUUUUUCUUUUUAAAUGUUUGUGGUACAGUACAAUAGAAAAUCAAAACCUCUUUUUAAGGGUACUCCCUUGUCCCAUUUCCUUGCCCUUUUCAGCAGAUUUCUGCCCUGUCAGGUACCAACCAGUAAUCAUGAAUUUAAGCAACCUACAGGUAGGGAGACUGUGGCUAAAAUGAGCUCCCCUUUAAAAUACGUUUUCAGUUUUGAUAAUAAAGGGGUUGAUUACUGGUACUUUUUUUUUUUUUUUAAGAGGAUUUCAGUGGGGGUUUUUUUUUAAGGAAGGUCAAUUCAGAGUUUGCUGCAUGGCCCAACCUACAGCACAGGCCAUCCCAUAGUUGAAGGUCUUCUGAACUUGUUACAGAAAGGAAUUUGGUCAACACAGACCCAUACUGAAUAGAGACUAGCAAAGUAAUUACUGCAGUGGCAUGUCAACAGCCUGACUGGUAAAUUCCACUGUUGGCUUUUAUUCAGGUAGAAAGAUUAAAACUAACUUGGCAUGAACCCUACUUUGUGUGCAGUUGAUAGUCUGGCAUAGAUAGAGGCUUCCCUUGAUAAUACAGUACUGGCUAGCAGGGCUAUGUAACCUCUUCUAUGUCUCUGGGAGUACAGACGUGCAAAACACACUACAAGCCAUCCUGGUUAACAACAGCUUCUUAUGCCACGACAUUUCAAGGGUCUUUACUGAGGAAAUACACAGCCACAGAUUCUGCAGAGACAUUUUACUUAUUAACAGAGGAGUGGAGAGGGCUCCCUGAUAACCCUGUGCAGAGGGUUCCACAGAAAUGUGCUUCAAGGCUAAAACAAAGUGUGGCAUGCUUAGGACUGAAAUAACAAGGAGGUCGGCACCAGGUGAACCUCAUUGGGGCUUGGAGAAUGAAGGGUGUCCCAAGACAGUCCAAGAAAGAUAUCUUGGACCAAGGCACAUGGACAGCUAACCAGACUAUUUUAGAUGCUGCGUUUGGAGUAGAGGAUAUCCCUUCUCUAGCUACAGUCACAGGCUUUCUGCGAGACACACGACCGCUGUUUGUGAUAGAAAACCAGAUCAUCAUUUUUAGGGUUAAUUGAAAUUACGAGCGAUCAUACCUUUUAAUGACGUAUGGUGCUUGUUUAGGAUGCUGCCAUGUGUCCUAGUUGGCAUUGUGCAGACACUCUCAGCUUGUGCCUGCAUCAACCAGCUUUAUAAAUAUGGCAGCAUGUUCGUGCUUCUGCAUGCAGCGGAGGCUGAGGAAUCCUGGAAAACAGAGAGCCCCUACUCCUGUUCUAUGAGCUGGCAGCUCUCCAGAGCUGGGGCACAGUUUGAUGGCUGCUCACGAUUGCUCUGUUGCAAACACGUGUCAUUUCAGUGGGGAGCCUGUUUGUGGUAGCAGUGUCUGAGGAUUGCUGCAAUUGGGUAAAGCAGGACUGGACACUCUAUAUGGAUUUCUUUGUGUGUUUAGUUAUGUAACCUGUACAGGUAGCAUCCCUCCCCCAGGUUGAAUCCCACUCCACAGUUGAAAUGACAUGCCUCACUGUGGCCCGCAGAUAAGUCUUCUUUGAGACUGUGGAAGAGACCCAACCAAUUCCUAGCACAUGUUUUGAAGUUUUUCUGGAAUUAUCAGUGCUAGAAAUUGUUUUUUUUAAAUGUUAUUCUGCUGUAUGGUAGUUAUGGUAUGUUCUCUUACUAUACUUCAGGCUGCAUUCAUUAAACAUUAGUGGGCUAUUAAAUGCAUAGAGGCUUCAAUGUGUUUACUGGGACGCUUUUAGAAAUGACUUGUGCAUUACCUAGAAGUUCUGGAAAAUUGGGUCAUGUGGAACAGUCCAUCCACCUCAAGGUUACUAUGGUAGAAGUGUCUGACAAUGUGCCAUACUACUGCUGCACAGAUAAAUAACAUCUCAACAAACCGCUGCAAACGUCCUGGUCUUGAAGUGAGGUUAUGUUUCCAUGUUCCUCAAAUCUCAUUCCCAUUUAUACGCUUUGUCAAGCAAUCAGGAUAUUUCUGGUAUGGUGUACAGUGCCAAAAAUAUCCACCAGCUGUCUGACUAGGUGUACUGUCUGUAUUAUUUGAAACCUCAGUGCUUUUGGACAGGUGUGUGGAAACUGCAUUAGUUUAGCUCCUGACUCUUUGAAUUGGUUUGAGCUGAGAAGUGGGGGUGGUGUGACCUGGCUUCUACCCCACUGUAGACACUCCUGUAUGUAAGCUCCCCAUAGUAAAAACAUAGAACAGUUUAAUAAAGCGUGGUAGAACAUAGGUAAGCACUGUAAAAAAUAAUGAGGUAUGGUAAAGCAUAUUCAUAAACUGUGGGAAAUGCAUAGUAUAACAAUGGGAAAUCUGCACAAAUACCAUGGUGAACUUUUAUAAGAGCUGAUUUGGAGUGUGACCCUGAGUGAAUUGGUUCACCUUCCUUUUACUUCAGUAAUGUACACAUGUGUGUAAUAAUGCAGUAUAGAGCAGGCUUUCUAAAGCUGAUUCUCCCUCACUGCUUCAAAUCUAAACCAUGCUACCCAGAGCCAUGUAAUCAUAUACAGCCUGCCAAAGUGCAAGGUCAGAGUAGUAGAAGCUAGGCCAGCUGGUCAGCUGACGUCCUCUCCGUGUUUCAGAACUGAUUGCCAAGGCUUUUCUGCUUCUGAUUUGCAAAAUAAAUGUAAGACUGUGUGUGCAAUUGCACCUCUACUAAGCAGUUCGGUUCGGUGUGCUUGUCUAGCUCCUUUAAAGGGAUUAGGGGUGGGGCACAUCUGUUACUGAAGGGAUGGCCAUUUUAAUUUUCUGCAGCUCGACAUUCAAGAAGUUUGUAUGUUUGAUCCAUUAUUGCGAUGGGCUGCCUUAACAGUGCAUAUGUCCCCAGUUCCUCAUGUGUUAGUAUUAAAAGUUUUAAGGAUGUGUUGCCUACCUUUUUAGUUUGAUUCUAUACAACACUGUAGAACAGUUGAUGUUUGGUGGACAUUACCCAGCUGACCGCUGUGAUUUGCUGUCAUUUGGAGACUUGUUACAACCCCUUAACCUGUCUGCCCCAUGUUAUCAUGGACGUGUUUGCGUGUUGCUUUACAAAUACAGUAUCCCAUUUCUAAACAUGGCAACGCUGAGACCCCCUGGAGGAUACCCUCGCAACUGCAGCUUCGAGCACGUUUUUCAUGUUAUACAAUAGAGCACCAUCUAGGCAGAUUUCACCAGGCUGCCGCUACUGCAGCUCUGUUCAAAGUGUCUGUGGUGAAACAUGCACACACCAGUAGCAGCAUCCAAUACAUUGUUUUUUAUUCAAAAAAAUGAAACUCUGAAUAUCGUGGCUUCCGUUUAAUUAAAAUGGCAUUUUCGCUUGGCGCUGCUAGUUUUUGAAAGAGAAUUUAAAUGUUUCUUAAAAGAAUGGGUUAUUUGUAGAUGCCUACUGAAAUUCUCUUAUCCCAUAUAAGAGUACAGUGAUAUUUCAGUAUUCCUGAUUAUGAAUCUGCAUCUAUCCAUCUGUUUUGGUAUAAAGCAGGCAUGCAUAGUUGGAGGGGCUGAGCUGAUGAUUGGAAGUAGUUUUAAUAAUUAUAAUUCUGUUUUGUCAUUUUUGACCAAAAGAUUAGUCUUGUGUUUCCAUUAGGCAUUAGGAUGAGUGUCAGUAAGGCCUGGAUUUUGCCCCAGAAUAUUGAUUUAGAAAUUCCUACAGCAUGAAAGCUAUGGUAUAAACUGGAGUUUAUGGUACUGCAGUAUAUUUCCACCUGUGUAUAACUGGGUUUGAAGCGAAGGCCAUUUUGGACUCGGUUGUGAGGUUUGAAACAAAUAUUUCACCGAAUUCCCAAACGGUCUCUUUGCACGCUAGCUUUGAAGCUCACUUUGUGGGAAUAUUCAGGCUUUCUGUUUCACAAAUAUUUGCCGUUGCCCCCUGAAUAUAGGUUUUAAAGCCCCAACACAAAUUGACAGUGUGGGUUACUACACAAGUAUUGACAAUUUCAAAAGUGAUACGACUGGCUGUCACGUCCCACGACGACUGUGUAAAGAGUGCAGCCUGUCUGAAUGUGAGCAGGUAUGCUGGCUAUGGCAAAGGGCUGACCCUGUGCUGUGUCAUUUUAAGCUGUCUCUGGACAGCAGCUUGAUGUGUUUUUUUUUUUUUUUUUUUCAAAUGUACCUUUUACUAUGUUCUUUUUUUUCUGAACAGGAGCCAUAAAAGCCCAACCCAGCCUGUGUGUUUGGGUUUUAUUUUCUCUAAAGUGGUAUCUUUUUCCCUGGUCAAUGUGUCACUCUUGUGCUGUGUCUGUGGUGCUGCAGCUGUUAAUCGGAUUUGGCUCGGUGCUUGGGUACCCUAACACAGUAUGAUGGUUGAGAAUGGAUACGGCGUUGCGUUCUGUUUUACUGAUACUUUGUUAGAAUUCUGUUUUAGCCACGUUCUCUGUACUGGGGUUUGUUCGUGUGCAGGCCCAUUGCUACAGGGUACUAAUCGUGGUCCCUGGCUCUCUUUCUAAGUGACAGGUUUCCAUGGAACUCCCAUCCUUUGUCGUGGGGUAAAGAACUGCAGAGUUCCUUGGGUGACACAAAUACUGCUUUUACUUCUGCUUUUGUUGUUUUCUUUCAACAGGCUCCCGGGAUGUGUAGAAAUAAGAAACUCGUACAGUUAAGAUUUCUGUUCUGCCAUUCGCUUGUUUGUCAUCCACUUGGAGAAAAUAAAAAAAUAAAAAAAUGAGUUUACAUGUUGUGUAAAUAAAAACUGAAAAAAGUUAAAUAACUUUGGAUUUGAACUGUAGCCUGAAGAUUUCAAUACAUUGAAAAUGCUGCACUAAAGUAUCUUGAUAGUCCUGUCUGAGUUGAAAUUGCAGUUCUUUUCUUUUUCCUGGUUUUUUAUAGUUUGCCUCCUGCGUUUACCUGUCCCAGUAGAAUUCUCUUUCUGUGUCUCUCUCUCUCUCUCUCUCUCUUUCUCUUGUUCAAGCAAAUUUUCCCUUCUUACUGCCUCUUUUUUGCUGUAGAUUUUAUUUUGGUCUCUGCAUUUACUGACUAAUAAAAAUGUGAAAUAAAGGAUGCUGUAUUGUUA